AUGGGGCUGAGCAAGUAUUACCGGUUGGUCGAAGGGGCUAGACGGUCUAGAUGCCAGAGUGAGGUUAAGCAGAUAAUAGUUUCUGGUGGAGCUGCUACUCGAGGUUUCCGUCAGUCAGUGUAUGAGGAAUGCAAGCGUUCUCUUCCACCAAGUGUCCGUCCGUCUGACCUCCAAGUGUUCGCGAACGGCGAGGACGAGAAGCCUCUGGGCGUGAUCUUCAGUUUGGAUGGCUACGGUGACGAUGAAGACAAUCCUCUUGUGGUGGAAGUGCCCAUGGUCUGGUAUCGGCUAAUGAAAGCUAGCAGCCGCGCGCCGUUCGAGGGCACCGGUGCCGAUGUGGUCCCGCUGGCCGCAAGAAACACAAUAAGGAACAUGCGGGAUGUCGUCUUUACUGAGCGUCGACCCAUUCUCCCCAACCUGGUGGCAAGUCAACUUAGACGAAUCAUCGAACGAGCCUUUGGACAUCAAUUCGCGGAUUGA